AUGGUUGCAAAAAAUUAUGUGGGACUCUCGCUCCUCACAAACGCACUUGAACAAGUGAUUGUUUUGUUCAUGUUUUCACAUACGGCAAUGGGAAUCACUGAAAUGUGGAAACCAUCAAAAAUGUUACCACAGCGUUCAAACUUGCACGACAAAACUCCUCCUGACGUCAAUAAACCUCCUCCAACUAUUCCUUUGAAAUCCCUCGAAAAUGACUAUAAAAUGAUCAGCAGACUCGGGGACGGUGGUUUUGGAAUAGUCCGCUUAGCCAAGUAUCGCCAUGACAAGUCGAACCUUUUGCAGCUGGCAAAGAGAGGUACGCUCACGGACGUUGGUGAUGGCUCUAACGUGAAUUUGUCCCCUUUGGUAGCUAUCAAAACCAUGAAUGCAAGACUCCCAAAACUCGAACAUUACACUCGAGUUAAGGAGGUGCAAUUUAUCCAGGCAAUGCCGGCGCACAUAAACCUUCUUCACAUCUACGAAGUGUUUAUCGAUACAUCACAGUACUGUCUUCACUUUUCCAUGGAAUGCAUGGAUCAAACCUUGUACGGCCUCAUGAGAAGCAGAGGUGGCAAGCGCUUCACCGCUAGUACUGUGCGGUCGAUACUUUGGCAACUUCUUUCGGCUAUUUCUCAUAUCCAUGACCACGGCUAUUUCCACCGCGACAUCAAACCACAAAAUAUUCUCAUUUCUUCAAUGCUGCAGUAUUACGGAGGGAUUGAUUCUGUUCCUCCAGGUAGCCGUGACCAAAAGUAUAUGGUGAAGCUUGCUGAUUAUGGACUUGCUCGUCAUGUGGAAAAUUGCAAGGAUUUCACCACCUACAUUUCAACUCGGUGGUACAGAGCACCAGAGAUGCUUUUGCGUAGAAAAUGGCACUCUACACCCGUUGACAUCUGGGCAUUUGGAACCGUGGCAGCAGAAGUUGCAAAAGUGACACCGUUGUUUCCAGGCGCAAACGAAAUUGAUCAAAUUUGGAGAAUAUUCAAGGUCCUUGGUAACCCGGCACCUCCAAAGAAUAUUCAAGCAAGACCAUUCCCAGUCGGUGGAUAUUGGGUUGAGGGGCAGUUGUUGGCGGGCAAAUGCGGCUACAGCUUUCCUGAAGGUACUGGUAUUCCAAUCGAUGAAUUCAUACCCCAUAGCUACCCCUUUUUGUGCGACAUGAUUCGAAUUUGCUUAAGAUGGAAUCCAGAAACCAGACCCAUCGCGAGUGAGCUCUAUGAUCAGUCAUACUUUAUGUAUACACCCGAGAAGAAAGCGAUGGAGACGUCUCUUUUCAAAAGAUCAGGAAAUGUUUCUUUGUUGUCAGCGACUGCAAAAGAGAGUGUUGAUCAUUCCAACAUUUCACCCAUUGAAACAUACGACUUUUACAAGGUGCCACCAGAUCUUGAGGCAGACAUGGAUAACUAUGGAUACAUGGAUCUGGGAAAUAAUAAGGAAAACUUGGGACCCUACGACAUUGAGGUGGAUGAGAGUCAAAUUGCUUGCCAAAGUCCUAGAACCGAUCACACAAAUAACCUUGAAAUCGAUGAAGCCAUGAACCCUUUGAACCCUAAUCAGCUCAAGGGUGCCUCUUCAGAGGGUACGUUCUCCUUUUCGGGAUCUUGUGUCAGCUUGGCCCAACUUAUGGGAUAA